AAAAAAACACCUACAGAACAUUUAUUCGUUAAUAAAAUUACAAACGUCAUUCCUUGUGACUUCCUCUCUAAAAUCACUUAAUUAUUAAAUAUUUAACGAGUUGACAAUAGUGUUAUAAAACUAUUUUAUUUAAAUAGUUCCGACGACUUUCUUGAGAUCCUAUAAAAUAUGUUUUAAUUAUUAUUUUUGUAUGUUUUAAGCAUGAUAAAAUAAGAAAUUUUAUAUAAGCAAUUAUAUUAAAUCGAUAUCAAAGUCAAUAAAUAAUGUACAACCCAAAACAGACGGCCCAACUGACGUGACAAUGACAUUUGGCGCGCUAAGCAUGGCGGAUUUUCGGCCUCAUUAGACGGAGACGGAGACAUUUACGUAUAUUCAUGUUUCAUUUUAUGUACGCACUGAAAUACUGUUAUAUUGUUUUCCUGCGAGUUAAAGUGCUGAGUAAGAACGAGAUAGAUAUAUGUUUAUGUAUGUGCCUUCAAAAUGGGUGCUAUUUAUAUAAGCAAUUGUACGUAUAGAACAAUAUGUCGUGUCCCUACUAUAUAGGUCUAUGUUUUUUGACAUUUCUAUUUGGCGGUCGACUAAGUUUAUAGAGUUAUAAGAAGCGUCUCCGUAAUUUUGUAUUUAUUGAUAUACGAGUGCUAUUUCUUAUAAAAAAAUAUAUAUAUUCUCAACUCUUAUUAGGUAAGUUAUUGGUUUUUCAUAUUUUAGUUACACAUUUUAUUAGAUCAGUAUAAAAAAAAUUUAUAAAACUGUAUGUUGCCAAAUGUCUACAUUAUGCGUUUGUUGCAUAUUAUGUGCAUGCUUAUUAUUUUCUUGGAUUUGGGCUUUUAGCUCAUUUUUUUCAGUUUUUAGAAUGUCUAAGCGGUUGGCAGAGCAAGAUAUUGAAAAUAUUUUAUCAGUUCUCGAAAAUGGAGACAUUUCUGAAGAUGAAGAGUCUAUAGGAGACGAAAAUGACAUAGAUUACUACUCGAAUGUACAAGAUCUGAUACAGGAUUUAGAAGAUGCAGAAGAAGAUCAGUAUAAUGCAAAUCCUGAUGUACCUAUUGAAGAAGACCAUCUACCGGAUGAGUUUUCAGUUCCAGGGCCUUCACUUAGUCGCCCACUAUCAGGUGUCAUUGGUGCAGCAGCCUUGAGGCAACGAAGUAGGCAACUUAUAUGGAAAAAAGGCAAUUUGGAAUUUAGUGAAGACCGCAUAAGUUUUACAGGUAGCGACAUCUGUCGAAAGAGCAUGCGGAACUUCGAUUAAUAGCCUGCCUUUGCAAACUUCAUAACCUGAUAUCGGGUUGAAUUUCUAUUCUGAAACUUACACUGCUGUGUGUUUACACUGAUGCUUUACUAUACAAUUACACCAAGUAAUAAUACUUUUUUAUUAAAUGAGGUGUUAUGAAUCUGCAAUUAUAUUGGAAAUAUCAGUACAUGUUCACACUGUGGACUCAUUGUCUAUGGGCUCAGAAUACCUUACCAACAAAUGAACUAUGCGCUGAUCUACCUCUAUACUACGUUUACUAAAAAUAAAAUGACGAGUAUCCAUUCUCAACAUUUCCAUCAUAUUUUCUACCCAUUAAUACUAACUGGUAAUAUAACCCUUGAGGGUAGAAGUUGCAAACACCAAUAAUUUAUCAAACUAUUUGACAGACAAAACAGCUGGAAGUCCAAACAUCACUCCAAAGUAUCCUAAUCUAUUUUCCUACAAAACAAUCUAAUAACCAAUCUCCUAACCAUACCAGAAUGUUUUCUGAAAUCCAAUUCUAUGUUGUAGGAUGUCAUAUUCAUAUCCAUCCAUCCAUAUCAUUUACAUUCAACAUGCAAUUGAAACUUCAAUUAUAAAACAUGUCUCAUGAUAGACAGUAGUAUACACAGAUUGAGGGACUUCCUCAUGCAACAAUGUACUUUUAAAACAAUUUCGAUACUACAUGGUACAAGAAAUGAGAAUAAUUAUACCACAGUUUUAAUAUAACACAAUUUCGAAAAAUUCAAACAUUCAUUAGAAAUUUGAAUUCUUUGAAUUGAGUUUAAUAAGGGAAAUUCUGAACUUUAUUGCUACUAAAAAAUCUCUCAUUUUAUUUUGCAUACCUAGUGACAGUAUGGAGUUUGUUCGUUGUAAAUAAAUGUAAUAAAGCUUUUGCCUGAUUUAUUUUUAACAUUUUGGAACUUUCCAAAGUUAAUUAAGUGAAAUAAAUAAAUAACAGAGUUUUUUGUCAUUUAUAAUUAUUAUGAUAAUAAUAUAAUAAUAUAUAACCA